AUGUCUCGAUAUGGAAUUGUAGAUAUUUGCAUGAGUGAUAACGGACCGCAAUUUUCGUCAACAGAAUUUGCCGAGUUCGCAAAAUCAUGGGGAUUUACUCACAUUACGUCAUCACCUUAUCAAAGUAGGUCAAAUGGAAUGGCUGAAAAGGGUGUGUCGAUUGCUAAGAAAACCUUAACUAAGGCAAAAGAAUCUAGGCAAGACCCAUAUGUAUGUAUUUUAGAAUACAGAAACACACCUUUAGAAUGUGGUUACACCCCAAAUCAGUUGUUAAUGGGACGAAGGACAAAGUCUGUAGUUCCAAUUUCUGAAAAAAGGCUUUAG